UCCAGCGGGAAUUGAACACGGAACAUCAGGACUACGAAUCCCGAGCGCUGUCCACUUAGCUGUCAGCCCCCUUGUGGCGCUGGGAACUGUAGUGCAUUACAGCAUACAGUUGAAUAAGCCUGUUCUCGCCGGUGUUCCCAACGUCAAGAAACUGUCGUCCUAAAGGGCCCUAACCUAACCAACCAGAGGACCCACGACCAGCAAACGGGACACGUUUGUCAUUUCGGCAGCCGCUACUAUUGUCGUGAAUGACAUUAACGUCUUCUGUGAGGAAUAAGCGUGAGACGAAGGCAGGAAACACCACUUCCUAUGUAGGUGAGUCUCCCGCCCCAAGUCUGGCCCCACUGGACGAGGCAUACCGCCCAGCGCCCUCAUCUUUCUUGUCAAGAGCGGGCGACGAGGAGCAGCGUGGUGGGUGUGGGCAGACUGUGUGGCCACGGGCGUCACGGGACCCAGGCAUGAACAGUGGCCCUUGAGAGCGACCAGUCGUCGAGGAGGGCCGGGGUCCUCAACCCCUCGCCCUCACACCACGCCCCAGUGUUCUACGGGAGUCCACCCAAGUCCGCCCCAGCACCCGUGCUCCCUCACCACGACGUGGUAGUCUUGACUACUUAGUUACACUUGAGCCGGAGUGUGGAAGGCGACGCCAACCUCCAUUCUCGUUGCUGGUGCCUCUAAGCAGAACCGCCUGCCGAGGGCUCCCGCGAUGCGUCUCCUGACCCUGGCGCUGAUGGGGGCGCUCCUGCUUCUGCUGCCCCCGCCGGCAGAGACCCUCAGAGCGGAGAACAGUCUGCAGGAGAAGACCAUCACGGCCAUCCAACACCUGGCCGAGGUGCUCGGGGAACUCAAUGAGUCCCUCACCCAGGACCAACCCUCCAGUCCUACCCCCAACUCCAUUCCUGGAAGUGAGUGGACGGUGGUGGAUAUGGCGGGCAACCUGACGGAGACGCUGCUGCAUCUCAUCGACACCAUCCAGGAGAACACCAGAGCUCUCACACACCUCCAGCAGCAGCAGCAGCAGGGGCAGCAGGGGAGAGAAGAAGGUGUAAAGUGUCCUCCGCCGUUUUCUAUGCUGGGUUCGGAGUGCUUCUACGUGAACAAGUACCUGCGUGUGAGCUGGGGCGAGGCGCGCAGGUUCUGUCAGGGUCUCCUGGCGGACCUCGCCACGCCCAAAGACGUCAAUAGCCUCCGGGGCAUGCUCCUCGACAAGUUCCCUGAGGACGACUGCCGCUUCUUUUGGCUCGGAGCCAUAGAGACCACCAUUGAGGGCGUGUGGGAGUGGGUGUCGAAGUCUCGAGUCAUGAGGAGGGAGUGGGCGAGCGGCCAGCCCGACGGAGGCAACGAGAACUGCGCGGUGUUGAGCCGAGACGAGUUCCCAGCCCUGCACGACAGUCCCUGCUACGCUCACACCACCUUCAUCUGCCAGAAGAGCACCACGGAGCCCGUCGUCCAGAACGCUGCUUAGAGUGUCGGUAGUCCGACACCGGGAGGCCUGGUCGACGACCAGGCCGCGGGGACGCUAAGCCCCGGAAGCACCUCAAGGCUAAGGUAGUCAGUAGAGCUGCCUCUCGCAUGGGCGGUAAUCAAGCUAAUGUUCUCUGCUACGUCAGUGGUAUAGUUCUGUUAGCACCGACCAAAGAUACUUUGGGAAAGUGUUAUACAUAUCUGUGAAUGAUAUAGUGCUGAAUACAACCUCAUGUUCAGUCCGCCCAAAUGUGCUGCAGUUGCUUUUUAAUUCACUGGACUAGUUUUUAUCUAGAUGCUGAAGUAAUCUACCGGGCAGAGAGAUCCCGGUAACAUAUUCCAUAAAGGCAUCUGAGUCAUCUAACUUAAGCUACGAACAAAUUUCAUUAUGAGUGAAUUUGGUCGUCUUGAUUCCCGGUCGAAUGUAACGUUAUUUAACAGUGUCUCAAAUUGUUUGGAGGCGACCUAUGGAACCUGUAUAAUGGUAACUUUGGUUAACUCAAUUGUGUAUUGAGGUAAUGUUUAAGACGAACCGUAGGAGUCCAUGCCACACACACACACACACACACACACACACACACACACACACACACACACACACACACACACACACACACACACACACACACACACACAGCACUACUGCCUGACCUGAUGCUAAGACAACAUGAGCAUAUCUAAACAGUGUGAUAAGAGGGGGACACAUCUACUUAACAGCUUUGUUCAUGAUGCAACUUAGUGGUAGUUUAGAACAAUAAUUACCUAUGCCCAUGUUUUCAAGUUUCUAAUAAGCUUGAAUAUCUUGUGUAAUUUUUGUGUAAAUAAAUAUUUUAUAUUUAAA